CAGUCCCACUGCUGAGACACAAAACAACCCAACCCACCAACAGCUGACAACUACAAGACUGAACAGUGGACACUCUGUGAAGAUGCUGUGCUCUCAUGGGUGGCGGUCUGGUCUCAGUCCACUCCUGGACGUCCACUGGCCUGUACUCAGUCUGCGUCCACAGGUCACACCUCUGCUCUACCAGCAGGAUCUACUGCUCACAAACCUACAGCAGCUGCGCAGUCGUCUGGAGCUGAUGGAGCCACUUCAACACAAGACCCUGGAGCAGACGGAGCCUUUCCAGACCAGCGUGGCCCUCCAACCGCUCUCCUACGAGCUGACCACAGAUGGACAACGCUUUGGCCUGAGCCUGGACACUGGAGGCUUUUCCCCAGAGGAGCUGUCUGUCAGGCAGGUGGGCAGGAAGCUGAGAGUCAGCGGGAAGACGGAGAAGAAGCAGGAGGACGCCAAAGGCUGCUCCUCUUACAGACGCCAGGAGUUCAGACAGGAGCUGGAUCUGCCUGAAGGGGUGAAGCCUGAAACCCUCAGCUGCUACCUGGGUCCAGAUGGGAAGCUCCACAUCCAGGCAGACAAAGCUCCAUGUGUUGAGGAGGCUGAGAGAGAAGUGCCCAUCAACAGGAGCUCAGAGGAGAAAACCCAGACAGAAGGAGGCAGCAGCACCCAGAUCCACAACAGCACAUAGGACGCAACACACACCAUGGACUGAACUAUUAGAUGAUACACAUGGAACCAAUGGACUCAUCUGAACUGUUUUAAAUCAGGAUCACCACAAACUUUGUCACACUUAUAUGAUUCCUCUUGCUUUUUGUACAUCUGAAUGAAUCAAUAAAUAGAUUAAAUGUAAA